AUGAACAAUUCAAACUCUGAAAAGGCUCCUGCCAUCCAUUCUUUGUCGUCACGUCCAGCUUAUUUGAAACAUAAAAGACAACGGUCUCGCUCCAUAGAACCAAUCGAAUACUAUUCGCCUACUGAUGACUUCAAACAUCCUGUUUCUAAUACCAUUCUAGCUUUACACCAAUCUCUUAAACAAUCUGCUGUGACCUCAUCAUCAUCAUCAUCUUCUUCUCCAUCUAUUUCUUCAUUUUCAACUCAUGCUUCUAAAACACGAAGAGCCAGCGGACCUCCUAGUCUUUCGCUUGGAUCAACCCCUAAAAUGACCAAAUCAUGGCCAUCCACUCCAAAAAGAAAUACUUCACUUCCAAUGUACAAGUUCCCGGUCCCUGUAUCUCUUCACAAUCCAGAAGACAACCGUAGCAAAAAUAACCAAUCUUUUAAAAGUAAAAGUGUUGAGCGAUCUGCUUCCUCUCCACCUUCUUCUCAUGCCUGCUUGCAAAUGCCUUUGGUUACACCUAAUAGAAGUCGAUCAAGAUCAUCUUCAAUUUACAUUCCAAGUCCUGCGGAGCUUAACACCAACAUUACUUUCCAAAUACCCAAGUCUUCACUUACAACUUUUAUUCCACCACUGGACCGUUUCCCAUCUAAUUAUCAACGUUCUCAGUCUUUUUUGAAUCCCCCAAAGAACCAUAUAAUAGACAAGCAACAACAGCAACAACAGCAGCAGCAGCAGCAGCAGCAGCAACAGGAAACAACGGUGAUUGUAUCGUGUGUGCAACCGCUCUCUCCAUCACCAAGGAAAAUGGGCAGUGAACUGUACCGAGAGUAUAGUCAACAUACACUCAAUACCAUGGAAGCCAAGGCUAGCGAAAUGACUUAUGGGGGGUCAACAUUGUCAGGGUCAAACUCAAUUUCUUUAGUAUCAGCUCCUGGGUCAGCAGAGGCAGCAGCGGCAGCAGCGGCGCCAGGUUCUGCUUCAAAGUCAGACAUCGAGUCUAGGUAUAUGUCUAGAUCAGAAUCAGAUUCCGGGUCAAGGCUAGGAAUAGGUUCGAGAGGAACUGGGUCCAAUACUAGUGGGCUUGACGGGAAUGAGUUUGACGAUGAUUUCCUAAGGUACAAAAAUGGAGCGUAUGGAACUAUAACCCCUCGGCCCCAACAAUGGACUUUAAAUAGCAGUGAGGAAGGAGAUGGUAGGUACUAUCAGAACGAAUAUGCACCUACAAUGUCAUCGUCUAGCAUUUUAGGGUGCUUUGAGUUGGCAGAAAACAUGUCCUUGUCGCAGCUGUCUGUUGAAAGUUGUGUCAAGCAGCAACAAGAGCAAGAAAAGUUGGAGGAGCAACAAAAGAAACUUGAGCGACAAUUAAAACAGAAGCAGGAGGAGAAGGAGGAGCUAUUAAAACUACAGCAAGAGAAUAAUUUGAAUGGCAGCAGCAACAGCAGCAGCAGCGGCAGCGGCAGCAGCGGCAGCGGCAGCGGCACUGCUACACCGGUACCACGGAAAACAGUGACUCCUCAUGUGGAAACACCACAGCUACAAGUUCUAUCGCGGGAGACAAUGGCGAUGACUCGUGCGGGAUUCCAAACAGCGCCGGCGCUGUUGUUUUCGUCAUCUUCUUCUUACAAACAUUAUUCCAACAAUCAAAAUGGGGGUCCAUUUGGAGGGCCACUGGAAGUUCCCAAGAAACGGAGCAAGAGUGCAUCAUUUAUAAAUUUUUUCUCAAAGACUUUGAAGCGAGACAAACGGUCGCAUAGCAGUGGGAGUAGUAUGGAUAUACAUGGGGGAAAAAGAGUUGAAGACAAUAGUCGUCAAAGAAGUAAAAGUGUAAGCAAUAGUAUGGUCGGAACUCCUCCAAGAAUUCGAAUAAGCAGUGCAAGCAAUUUUUUAUCAUUUUUGGAUCUUAAACGGUACUCGAUAACUCCAAGGGGGUCUCCAGAUUCUGAUUGUAUUAUUGUUGGGAGUACAGUUACGCCAGACAAAAAUGGUGGUGAUGGUUUUAGCGGCGGUAAGAAUGCAGCGGGUUUGGUGACAACGCCGGCGACAGUUGCAGGGACGUUUACGACAUGUGCUGGAACAACUCCUGGAAGCAGGAACAGCAGGAAUAGCAGCAGCUACAGUACAUUUAGUGGAACCACCAGUGACAAUACUGUUGCUACUAGGACUGGAGAUACAGACAGUCCCAACAGUAACAGUAACAAUAACAGUAACAAUAACAGUAACAACAGUAACAACAUUACUACUGCGGAAAUGCGUCAACUAAGUUUCAUCCGAGUAGGCGAGACACCUUCACCUGAGUUACUACUAGAUGACGGUAACACAGUUAGCAAUCGUCGGGUGUUCAACAGCUGCUCAUCCUAUCCCGUAUCUUUUACAUCGUCGUCGUCGUCGUUGUCUUCACCGUCGCCUUCAACUUCUCCGCGUCUUCCGGUCCGUACUUUUACACCAGGGUUACGGUUACAACAACAGCUGAUGCGAUCUACAAUGGCAUUGGAGGAGACAAUAGAGGAGGGUGGACAAGGUUUAGUUGCAGAAUCUGUGCAUGUGCCAGAGCAGUCAGAGCAGCCGCAGGAGCAGCAGGAGCAGCACGAGUGUCACAGGGUUGAUGCAGACCACGAGACUUUGCAGCGUCCGCAUAAACGCAGGUUUCGAGACUUUUUACAAAAAUCAACAUUGUCGCCCAAGUCAUGGACCAAAUUUUCGUCAUCAUCAUCAUCAUCAUCAUCUUCUUCAUCUUCUUCUUCUUCCUAUUCUUCUUUAGGAUCCGAGGGCUUUUGGAAGAAACGGCGGAGCAGUGCCGAUAGGAUGGCCAAGAAUAUCAACAACCUCCAGCUUAUCAUGGACCCGGCCCAGUCCAUAAAUUCCUCAUCCUUACAGGACCCGGCAACCUCUCCUGGCCAAAGAAGCUCCGGGUCUUCGUCAAUCCAAUCUUCGGUCGAUAUUAACGUCCGUCAAAGACCCCCUCCAUUGUCUUUUAAAAAUGAAAACUCACCAAAUCCACCUGCUUUUGAACCCUCCGCAAUUGCCCCUCCCCCUUCUCAUCAUCAUAAUCAUCAUCAUCAUCAUCACCAUCAUGAUAACGAUAAUACACUUUUGGCAAGCUCUACAAGCUCUACAAACUUUAUAAGUGCAUCAGCAACUGCGAACCCCUUACCAAACUCAGAAUCUUCAACCCCAUCAACUCUUCAGGCCCUUUCAUCAUCAUCAUCAAACUUCCAGGUCUUACCUCCAGUAACAGCACCAGCUUUUAGACCUGAACAUUCCCGAACCUCUUCUUCUGCAACCGCAGCCUCUGCUCAGAGACAUUCUAUCGCCCCAAGUCUUGCUGGAAGACAUUCACUCAUUUCACAAUAUUCACCAGUCAUUGAAAAGGCUACAGAAAUCUCCAUUGUCUCAACAUCCUCUCGCUCAGAAUACUUCCAGUUCCCCCCAUCAAAUCCAACUUCCGCAACUGACCCAUUGUUCCAUGUCACUGGCCCUAGAAUCCUCCCACCUUUCCAACAUGGUGCCCAAAACUAUUCAUCCCCUGACCUUUCGUCCUCUCUCAUUGCUACAACCUCAGGUCUCUCUAAUGAAGCUAUCCCCCUGACCAAACCUUCACUUUCUCUCCCGCAACCAGGCACCGAAAGAAACACUUCUGCCCUCCUUCAGCUUCGUCAACAAACCUCCCAAAUGGAAUCCAUUCUAGGCGACAUUCGAUUCCAACGCAUCAUGCUACUUGGAGGUAUCUCUUCUCCAUCCUCCACAAAGGACCAGGAUCAGAUACAAAUGACUACUGCUGCCGAUGCAUUCUCCCCAUUGUCUCAACAAUCUUCAAUUUCUUUCCUCUCGUCUUUCCCAUCAAACCAAAGUUCAACCUCUGAUAUUGCCCGCUCAGGUACUGUCCUCUAUACCCCAAUGGCCCAAAUACCAAUCCAAACCUCCCCAACAUCCUCAAGCAACUCCCUCAAAGCUGCUAUUGCUGCUGCACAGGCUGCUGCUGCUGUUAUCCCUUCACAAACAACUAGAGCUUCAGCCAUCCAAAACUUGCCAGCUACCGUCCUUAAUAAAGACCUCCCUCAGCUCCCCCCAGAAGCUUCUGCUUCUACUUCUGCCUCAGCUGAUAUUCUCCAUCCAAUCCCUUCCCGCCGCAAUAUUGCCCCCCUCAAACGCUCCUACCAGCGCCAAUCAAUGCCUCCCUUGCCUUCUUCAGCUGGUAUGACAGUCAUUCCUGUCUCAAAACCCCCUCUUAGUGUCCCCCAGUACCCUCUCCCUCCUAAACCUGUUCCACUUCCUUCUUCCCCCACUGAAUUACGCGCCCAACACGCACGCUCCCACUCUUUGCCCGUUCGUUUUGCCCAACCUGACGCGUUGCAUCAUGAUGAUGAAAACCCUACCACCCCUAUAACUAGUCAGCUCAAUGAACAGUCCUUGGGUGGAGAAGACCAAGGUGAUAAAAAUGGUACAGGUAUUGGCACACAAAUUCAAAGCCAUGCAGCAAAUAGUAGCAUUAGUGUUAUUGGCAGCGCUCCGGGACUUAAUAUGUCGUCUUCAGGCGCUGCAUUUAUGUCCUUUGCUACUCCUCAAAAUGAUGCCCCAACACCAAGCUCAGCCAUCCUCAACUCUGAUAUUGGAAUCUCAAGUAGUAGCAGCAGUUCAAAUACUCCAGCUAGUGGGAACGCUAGAGAUCCCGCUUCGUUGGCUUAUGAUCAAUUGCCUCCCCCACCUAACAUUGGACGCCUCACUGACUCCUCAUCAACUUCUCCAACAACCCCUACAGCACUUGGUUUAACUGCAAUGACAAAACUUGCACCACCCCCACCCUACGCAGGUGGUGUUCCUCUUGCUGAAAUUCGGUCAUCUUCUCCGGCUUCAAGUUUCCGUACAGCACCAUCCUCUCCGCUCAAAAUUUCUUCGGUAACCCCCACAUUGGCACCAGUAUCUAAUGAUCUCGAGUUCCCUGUCAUGCCCUUUUUGCGUGGCUCUUCAUCCUUGUCAACCUCGCGUCCAAGUACUUCUGCAAGUGACGUUGACUCUUAUUUCAGUGCUGCCUCUGGUGGAAGUGGCGGUGGCCGUUACUCUCCAGACCCCCUUGCCCAAACCUACCCGUUUUCUCGUGCACGCGCCAACUUGAGCUCUGCUGGCUCUACAGGAAUUGGUAUAGGACUCACCGGCGUUCAAACUGGGCCUGGAAAUACCCCUACUGCAGACGAAAUGCUUGCUCACGCUGGGUUUGUUGAAACCGGCUACGAGGUGUCUUCUGCAAUUGCAACUCCUCAAAUCACGCAGGACACUACUGUAAUCGGGACCGGUGGAACUGGCCAAGGAGGGUACUACACAACGACAUCUCGGCCUUACAACACUAACAGUAGUACAGUGUCUACUAGUGGAGAGUCUGGUACCGUUCUUGGACCUGCUUUCCAAGCAACCACUCCAGUCUUUGCCACAUCCUCACCUUUGAUUUCUCAUGGGUCCUCUUCGCUCAUCACCACUAGCUCCUCGCUUGUUGUUUCGUCCGCUGGACCUACCACUGGACCUGCUUCAUCCUCCUCGGACCGCCAUACGUCGUCUUUCUCUCAUGACCCUGGAUCGCCCAGUUACACAACUGCUACAACAACCACAGCAACAUCUGCGCAGACCCAGCAACAGCAACUGCAGCCGCACCAAACACACAAGCGCACAUUGUCUUCACCUUUGCUUGCUUCUAUGCCUCCACCCCCUCCUUCGGCUUUGAUUGGAACUUAUGCCUCAUCGUCAGGGCUGGAGCCGAUUUCGUCGCGCACUUCUCCAGAUGUGACGGCAACAAUUACUGGUGCACCUCACCAGGCGCCAGAGGAUUAUGACCAGCAGCAGCAGCAGCAGCAUCAGCAUCAGCAGCAUCAGCAGCAGCAGCAGCAACAACAACAACAACAACAGCAACCGCUUCAUACCCGCGACUUUAGAACUUCAACGGGUGCAGAGGUGUUCCCUGUGGCUGCGCUCAACAGGCUUAGCCAAAUGUCUCAUCAAACGUUUUUGUCCUCCUCAUCACCUCCGCCUCAGCUCCAGUCCCAGACUUCUCACGAGUCUGGAGCUGAUCAUACUUCAGCCACAAAUACUAUGCGCCCGGACUCUAUGCCUUCCGAACCCUUGUCAUCGUCUCCCUCGGCCACAGCCUUGGCAGCUGCAGCUGCAGCGUCUACAGCAGCUGCUGCCGAUUUGUCGGCCCUACAUACAAGUUUCCGUCGUUCUAAGGAAGUCUCCAGAAACUUGCGGCAACACUCUUACGAUUACGACGGUCUCAACUCGAGUCGCACGUCGCAGCAAAGUGCAGUAGCAGCAGCAGCAGCUGCGGGCCAUGUCACGGGCACGGUACCCAUUCCACCGCCACACCGCGUCAUCUCCGAGCACUUCCCACUGGGCUCGCAGCCGCGACGCGCGGAACUUGAAGGCAGCACGCCCAGCAGCACUGCAACGAGCAGCACGACGGGAGCCACGGCAACAACACCAGCUGUGGCCGGGGUCACCAAUACGGUGACUCUUGGGCCUAGUGCUGGCGGCAGCAGGUACAACUUUUAUGAUGAGUACAGUCCCACAGGAGCGUACGAGUACGUGGCACAUGACGGAUCAAUUUCUGGGAAUACAACAACCACAACCACAGGCAUUACUGUAGGCAUUGCCACAGCAGGAGUCACUGCAGGAGCCAGUGCAGAACCUCGUGCCUCGCGGAGCCAACGCUCGAGAAUCUCGUCGCUCGGAGCCCUCCCUCCCACGGCACCAAUCCACCGGUCCACGGCUACACCUUUGGCAGCGGCAGCUGCUGGGCGCCGCAAGUCGGGCGGCGUAGGUGGUUCCUCUGGGCCCUCAUCUCGUGGCGGUGGCGGUAACGGUAACGGUAAUGGUAACGGUGGUGGUAGUGGCAAUAGCAGCGGGGCUCCUGCCACGACAUCUCGCCAGCCAUUUAACCGUGAAACAGUCCAGCAGCUGCUGGAAUUGUCGGAUGUGACGUUGCGCCUGGACGAGCUCGAUAUGCCGCCGGCUGAACGCUUACUGCUGGAAAAGUUUGUAGACGCGUUGGCCAAGCUGUCAACAGACAUCUCCGCAGAUAGAUAUAAGCGUCGCGAGGGCGUGCGGCGCCUCCACAAUGCCUUGCGUGCUAUCGAGGGAUGGAUUUGA